AUGUGGCCCGUCAUUGGCAAGAAGCAGGACAAUAUUGAAAGUAAUGACGGAUCCUAUGUAGGUUUCGACGGAACCGAGACCACAUGGCACAUCCACCCCUUCAGCUUCUACACUAUUUCCCAACUGCUAGACCGAAGGGCACAGCUCGUCUUGGCGUUGCCGUCUCGCCUCGUUACGCCCAGCUUCAUCUUUCCCACAGCGCCCCAAAUAUCCGCCGCCAUCAUCCACACACACCCCUGCCUGUGGGAAACCUCCUUCUCAGCCUGCCGCCCCUCCCCUGUUACGCUUCAUGAAUUGGUUGCAAGAACGCACAUCAGCGUCUUGGCGCGUAGAGCUGCGCGGCGCACCCCAAAAAAAUGGCCUACACAUUGUUUGAUGCGCGGGCUGGACCUCCCUAGCUAUAUAGUCUGCUCAUGCUCGCCCGCCUUGUCUUGA